AUGAACAACGACGAUGCGAGCACUGCCGGUUUACCGGACAACACAGCGAUGGGCGCUGAAUCCCCGCAAGCGAACGGCCGUGAGCCUCCAAACACCUUUGUCUUCACCUCGUCGAGCAGCCAAUCCUCUGCUACCGGGCGGCGAAUCUUGCUUCCAGUGCGUCCUGGUCGCAGUCUGGUAACCUCAUCGCCGCCUCAGUCUUCUGGCACGGCACCGCAAGAUGCCGGUGAUGUUGGGGUUUCAGAGCCUGUUGCGGGAUCCAACGAGUCGCCGGAGGUGUCGGGCUUCUCGGCCUUGUUGAAGGACCUCAACCUGGAUUUUGAGAUGCCGUCGUGGCGUCAGCCUGCCGCGCAAGCUCAUAGAGGUGAACGACCAGCGGCGACUACGGAAGGAGUCCCAUUAGCUCUUGGUGCAGCACCUGCGCCGUACAAGUUCCCGGUUUCGACAGUCAUGCCAGGCUUCAAAUUCGCCCCUCGCAGUGAAGUCCUCACCCCUGAAGCACGACUCGUGGAAACACUACGGGGCAUCGCCGCAAACACGCCAAACGCAUUCUUCCAACCCAGCAUUUCACUUGGACAAGCCGCCCAGCUCAUCCACGCUAUCGUCAGCGCCUCGAACUACGCCUGUGCAGAAUGGUCUGAGUGGCCGAAAGACAAACUCGUCGACCUGUUCUCCACCACCGACAAACCGACCCACCCUCUCCCACGCAUGUGCCUCGACUUCCACUAUAUCCAGCAAUUCCUCGAGAAAGGCCGCGAAGGGUGGCACCUCGUCAUGCUCCCUGACAACUUCCUGGCGGAUGUCGAGCCCCUACUCGCGCAUCUGAUCUGUCGAGCGGACAACUUGUGUGUGGCGAGCGAGUGCGAGUGGUUGUGCGACUAUAUGCUUGAGCCGUUGAAGGUGGUGCAGAAGAAGCUUGUGAUGAUUAGGGGUGAGAGGCAGGCGCUUUGGGAGCAGAGUAAGGCGAGAUAUGAGCGGGAGGCUAGGGAGGAUUGGAAGAGGAAGAUGAAGGGUGGUGUGGCGGAGGCGGAGGCAGCUGAAGAGAUGGAGUGGAGCAGGAAUCGUAGAAACGACGCGAGGAUAGUAGAGUGGCAGGGGAGGAGCGCGAGAUCGCUGGGCACCGGCCGAAACGCUGCGGCAGGGAACAAGGAGCUGGGUUCAAAGCGGAGUUCGGAGAGGUUUGUGGGUUUGCAUCUGGUGGCAAGGCUACUGAUGAGAAGUAGCGCGAUUAUCGCCGCUGUGCUGGACGACAUGGCGGAGAUUGGAAUGCUUUUGGAUGCCGAAUUAGGACUGUUGGAGCAGCACAGGAGCGCAAGAGGGCGAUGGAGGCAUGUGGUUACUGCUUAG